AAGCGGAAGUGGGGGUGCGGCCGGGGGCGCGGAGCGGCGGCAGUGGCAGCGGCAGGGCCGGGCCCAUGGCCUCCGCCAGCAUCGACAUCGAGGACGCGACCCAGCACCUGCGCGACAUCCUCAAGCUGGACCGGCCUGGAGGUUCAGUGAAUGAAAAUCAGCGACCAUCCAAUUCAUACAAUGGGGACCUGAACGGGCUGCUGGUGCCAGACCCCAUCACAGCUGGAGAUGGAGCUUCAUUGGCUAAGCCAAUGCACCGCAGUGUUCCUCUGGGAACCCUGCAGGAGAAGCAAGUCAUCUGCCUUUCUGGAGAUGAUGGCUCUACCUGCCUCGUGAUAUCAGCGAAAGAUGUGGAGAUAGUAGCCAGUAGUGAUUCUAGCAUCACCAGUAAGGCCAGAGGGAGCAACAAGGUAAAAAUCCAACCAGUUGCCAGAUACGACUGGGAGCAGAAAUACUACUAUGGAAACCUGAUAGCAGUCUCAAACUCUUACCUGGCAUAUGCCAUCCGAGGUGCCACUAACGGCUCCGCCAUGGUGCGUGUGCUGAGUGUCAGCACAGCUGAGCGAACCUUGCUGAAAGGAUUCACGGGUGGUGUGGCAGACUUGGCUUUCGCCCAUCUCAACUCCAACCAGCUAGCCUGCCUGGAUGAGGCUGGCAACCUCUUUGUCUGGCGCCUAGCCAUGGUUAAUGGGAAAAUCCAAGAGGAGAUCCUGGUGAACAUUAAACGACCUGACGGUACCCCGUUGAACAACUUUCGGAGGAUCAUAUGGUGCCCCUUUAUUCCAGAUGAGAAUGAGGAGAGCAGUGAAGAGGGGAGCCAAAUACUGGCGCUGCUGCAUGAGGACAGGGCAGAGGUUUGGGAUCUGGACAUAAUCCGAGCCAAUGAUAGCUCUUGGCCAGUGGAGGUCACCAACAUCAAAGAGGGCUUCAUUGUGGUGAAAGGCCACAGCACGCGUCUAAGUGAGGGAGCGCUGUCUCCAGAUGGAACCGUCUUGGCCACAGCAAGUCAUGACGGCUAUGUCAAAUUCUGGCAGAUCUACAUUGAAGGACAGGAUGAGCCAAGAUGCCUUCAUGAAUGGAAGCCUCAUGAUGGGAAGCCUCUUUCCUGCCUGCUCUUCUGUGACAAUCAUAAAAAACAAGACCCAGAGGUUCCUUUCUGGAGAUUUCUCAUCACAGGUGCAGAUCAGAAUCGGGAACUGAAGAUGUGGUGCACUGUGUCUUGGACCUGUCUGCAGACUGUCCGGUUUUCCUCUGAUAUCUUCAGUUCCGUGAACAUUCUUCCAAGUUUGAAGGUCUGCCUGGACCUCUCUGCUGAAUACCUGAUACUGAGUGAUGUGCAGAGAAAAGUCUUGUAUGUGAUGGAGCUGAUGCAGAACCAGGAAGAAGGUAAAGCCUACUUCAGCUCCAUUUCAGAGUUCCUCCUCACCCACCCAGUCCUGAGCUUCGGCAUCCAGGCAGUGAGUCGCUGCCGGCUAAGACACACUGAGGUCCUUCCAGCUGAAGAGGAAAAUGACUCCCUUAGUGUAGAAGGGGCUCAGGGGGCUGGGGCUGUUGAAUCUGCAGCAGGCGUGCUGAUCAAGCUCUUCUGUGUCCACACCAAGGCCCUUCAGGAUGUACAGAUCCGAUUCCAGCCUCUUCAUAGCCCAGAUAUGGCUGCAUCAAUACCCUCCCAUGGCUCCCAUGAAGAUUUUGCAUUUCCAGACCACUUGGCUGACCUGGGCACGGAAGGGCUGGGAUCAGAGAAGGGAUCCAUACAUGGUUCCCAGUCUGACUUACGGCGCAUUUCAGACCUACCUGUGCCUGCAGACUUUCUCUCUCUCUCAAAUGAUGCCAAACCCAAGCUAAUGACCCCAGAUGCAUUCAUGACCCCGAGCACAUCUCUUCAGCAGAUCACCGUGUCACCUGGUAGCAGCGUUAGUUCCCUGACUGCAGUCACAGCAAUGAGCAGUACUUCUGUCAAUGAUACUGCCAUGUCCAGCCACAGGCCAUCUGAAGACCUGACCUUGAACCCAAAGAUGCAGUUGGAUACCAGCAUCACACUGAGCAGCAGUGGUAGCAGCCUCCAGACCAGUCCCAGAAACCAUUCUGUUCUUAUCCCUGGACUCCCUGACAAACUGACCGCCAAGGCACCUGUCCCGGUUGCACCUGGAAACCCACCUCUCUCUCUAGAGCUGAAGGAAGUGGAGCCCCUUGUGGUACCCCAGGCUUCUCCCACCCGUGAGCGCUCCCCAGAUGUAAUUUCUUCAGCCUCCACUGCUAUGUCUCAAGAUAUCCCAGAGAUUGCCUCGGAGACCCUGCAGCGCAGCUUUGCAGCAGCCCCAACUGGGCUCCCUGCAGAGGUACUGGAGGCCAACCACCAUGCAGACAGCAUGGCAUCAGCUGCUUCGGCCUUGCACUUGCUGUCUCCAAGAAACAGGCACAAUUCCGAGCACAGUCACCACUCCCUGGACAUGGCCCCUGUGGAGGUGGACAGACUGAACACUCCCUCAUUGCUGGAGACUGCUUUAACUCAGGAAAAUGCUUCUUCUGACAGUGUUGUGAGCCAGCCAUGGCCUGCAGCUCCUGACAUCACCAGAGAAACCAGGAACAGCAUGGCAGACAGCCCUAGGGAUGAGGUUGAAGAGAAGCACAAGAGCUCUUCCUAUCACAGACACAGCUACCACCUGCUGCAGCAUGACAGCCAGGAUGCCAGUGCAGAGCAAAGUGACCAUGAUGAUGAAGUUGCAAGUUUGGCUUCUACAUCAGGUGGAUUUGGUGCCAAAGUAUCUGCACAGAGGCUGCCUGUGAAGGACUGGAAAACCAAGGCAUCCCCUCGGGCUUCCCCAAAGCUAAAGCGGAAGGGCAAGAAAGAGGACGGGGAUGUGACCCAGUCCCCACGAUCAUCUGAUCACCAGGUGACUCCCGAGUAUCAGGAUGAGCUGAUGUCUCUGCUGAGAAACCAACAGAGAGAGCUCACCGAGUUACGACAGAACCAGAUGGAGCUGAUGCGGAGACUCACUGAUCACCUGGACGCUGUGCAGAGCUCCCUCAUGGGCCAUGUGGAGAGAGUAAUUGGCUCUCAGCAAGAGCAAGAGCAGAGGAGGCUAGACCGAGCUCUGACAGAAUGGCACCAGCGGAACGAGCAGUUACAGGAGCACCUGUCCCAGCAGCUCUCUCAGUCCAUGUCCACCGCUGUCUGUAAUCGCCUGGAGAGGACCAUUCGUGAAGAGAUGAAGAAGACAGUGCCCCAAUGUAUUUCCAAAAGCAUGGACCCUGUCACUGGACAGCUGAGUAACACCAUUGCAACCAAACUCACAGCUGUUGAAGGCACAUUGAAGGAGAAUGUCACUAAGCUGGUGAAAUCAAAGAACCUUACAGAUACCAUUGUGAGGGCAGCUGCGGAUGCCCUGCAGGGACCCAUCCAGUCAGCCUACAGAGAGGCGUUCCAGAGCAUCGUGCUGCCUGCAUUUGAGAAGAGCUGCCAGUCCAUGUUCCAGCAGAUCAAUGACACGUUCAAGCAGGGCACACAGGAAUAUAUCCAACAGCUGGAGACCCACAUGAAGAACAAAAAGGUGCGAGAACAGGAGGCACGGGACCCCCUGCUGAGCCAGCUCCGACAGCUGAUCACCACCUUCCAGAGCACCACAGAGCAGCUGGCUUCCACCAUCACGGCCAGUGUCCAUGCUGAAGUGCAGCAUCAGCUGCAUAUCAUCGUGGGCAACAUGCAGGAGUCCAUUCUGACCCAGGUGCAGCGGGUCAUCAAGGGGGAGGUGAGCCUGGCCAUGAAGGAGCAGCAAGCAGCUGUCACCUCAAGCAUCAUGCAGGCAAUGCGCUCAGCAGCAGGCACACCCAUCCCCUCCGCUCACCUGGACUUCCAGUCUCAGCAGGCUCACAUCCUGCAGCUGCUGCAACAGGGCCACCUCAACCAAGCUUUUCAGCAGGCUCUCACUGCAGCUGAUCUGAAUCUGGUCCUGUAUGUUUGUGAGACUGUGGAUCCACAGCAAGUUUUUGGGCAGCAUCCAUGUCCACUGUCCCAACCUGUCCUCCUCUCUCUCAUUCAGCAGCUCUCUUCAGAUUUGGGUACCCGGACUGAACUGAAACUGAGUUACCUGGAGGAGGCAGUGAUGCACCUGGAUCACAGCGACCCCAUCACUCGAGACCACAUGGGCUCUGUCAUGAGCCAGGUGCGGCAGAAGCUCUUCCAAUUCCUGCAGGCGGAGCCCCACAACAGCCUGGGCAAGGCUGCCCGCCGCCUCAUGAUAAUGCUUCAGGGCUUGGUUACACCCAGCAUGACCUAAAGGCGUCUGAUUCCCUAGCGGGCUGCUCCAUGGGAGCCCACUUAGCAGAUCCACUAGUUACUAACCACGUGUGGCUUGUGUUAAGAGCUCUUGCCGGGAAAUCUAUUAAGCAAGCGUGUGAUGUCUCAAAGGCAAACCUAUCCAUUGCUAAGGCAAAUGCCAUCUGUGUAUAGUCCCCAAUAAUCACUGAACGCUCACUUGGCUUAUUUUCUUCAACAGCCUCUUCCAGGAGAGCUAAGGCUUCUCUGACCCACCCAUCCGUCCCCAAGGCCUGGCUGGCAACCCAAUGUGCUGUGUCCUGGUCACAUUCAGUUAAAGCCAUUGGAUUUCUUACCCCCCUUAAGUUGGUAUUUGUUGCUGAGUGGAGGAGAGGAGAGCUGUGAUGAGCCCCAGUGGAGUGAAGUGGGUGGAUGCCUCAAGUUAUGCAUGCGCUCCUCACUCAAGGAAAAGAAAUCUUUUUGUGCCUAAAUCUAUGAGCCCAGAAAUCCUUUCCAGCUGUGUAGGCUGCUAACUCUCUGGUGGUAUUGGAGCAAGUGCAAAGAUACCUGCUGGAGGGCAGGGGGAAGAGAGUUCUGUCUGUCCCCUGGGCUCCUGCAGCUGUAGCACCAUGGUAGUAAGGAGCCCAAUGAGCCGGUUAGGCACCAGCAAGGGGCUGUGUAUGCAUAUCUUCCCUGUGUUGGUUCUGGAGUGGGAGUGGAGGGAGGUGCCCUGGUUCAGGUUGGCCAGGGAGCAUCAUGCUGCAAGAGCCCAGUGGAGCCCUUCAUCCUGCGUGUAUUGGAGCAUGUCCAUGGAUCAGAUGUUUAGUUUGGAUUUUACACCAGGGUUUUUCUUUUUAUCUAAAAUUUGAAUCUUUUUGAAUAACAUUAAGAAAAGUUCAAUAAACAACUUUUGGAGAAAAAC